AGGAGUCAGACCAAGAAGGGUGUCAUAGAGGAGACGGGGUCCUCGCACACAGAGCCCAGUGAAGGGCUCAUCCACAAGAGGGAUGCAUCUCCCCCCUUGGAGCCCUCAGUGGCAUACACGCACUCCAGGAGCUUUGGCAGACUGGUCAAGCCCCUGGCGUUCACAACAGGGUUUACAGGCUGUUCAUUUGGCACAGCGGCCAUCUGGCAGUAUGAGUCACUGAAGUCCCGGGUCCAGAGCUACUUUGACGAGGUCCGGGCUGACUGGUUGGAGACACUACGGCCGCAGAAACAGGGGGAUCUUCGCAAAUGGAUCAACCAGUGGUGGAACGGCUUGAGUGAGGGCCAACGUACUGUUGCAGGGAUCAUAGCUGCAAAUGCUGUGGUUUUUUGCUGUUGGAGAGUGUCAUCCCUCCAGCGCUCUAUGAUCAAAUACUUGACAUCCAACCCUGCCUCCAAAACCCUGUGUUUCCCCAUGCUCCUGUCCACGUUCAGCCACUACUCCUUCUUCCACAUGGCGGCCAACAUGUACGUCCUCUGGAGCUUCUCCUCCGCCAUCGUCUCCAUGCUAGGCAGGGAGCAGUUCAUGGCCGUUUACAUGUCUGCAGGUGUUAUCUCUACGAUGUUCAGCUAUGUAUGCAAGACGGCCAGCGGGCGCUUAGGUCCCUCUCUUGGAGCGUCAGGAGCCAUCAUGACAGUCUUGGCUGCCGUCUGUACCAAAAUGCCAGAGGCUAAGCUGGCAAUCAUCUUCCUGCCCAUUUAUGCUUUCUCUGCAGGCAAUGCAUUGAAAGCCAUAGUAGUCAUGGACACAGCUGGCCUAGUUUUAGGAUGGCGAUACUUCGACCACGCGGCCCAUCUAGGCGGAGCUCUUUUUGGCGUCUCCAGAACAGUCUCAAUUUGUCUGGGAUUAGGACUCUGCAAGGUGUUGAAAGCGUAACAGGAAUGCUGGCCCAUGUUGACUCCAAUGCUUCCCACAGUUGUCAAGUUGGCUGGAUGUCCUUUGGGUGGUGGACCAUUCUUGAUACACACGGGAAACUGUUCAGCGUGAAAAACCCAGCAGCAUUGCAGUUCUUGACACAAAACAUUGCUCCUGGCACCUACUACCAUACCCCUUUUUAAAGGCACUUAAAUCGUUUGCUUGCCCAUUCACACUCUGAAUGGCUCACAUUUGUUCUUAACUGACUUGCCUAGUUAAAUAAAGGUAAAAUAAAUUUUUAAAAUACACAAUCCAUGUGUCAAUUGUGUCAAGGCUUAAAAAUUAUUAUUUAACCUCCUCCCCUUCAUCUACACUGAUUGGAAGUGGAUUUAACAAGUGACAUGAAGGGAUAAUGGCUUUCACCUGGUCAGUCUGUCAUGGAAAGAGCAGUUAAUGUUUUGUAGAUUCAGUGUAUGCACAGGAAUAUUUGUUUUCGAUUAAUUUUUGUUUGUUAUUGGAAUCAAAUAAAAGGUUUAUUUAAAAAAGGA